AAUCUGUGGUGGUUUAUUUACAGGUCUGCUUCACAAAAAGCAGCAAGGAACAAACAAAAUCCCCGAGAGACUUAUUUCAUAAUGAACUACACGGAAGUCGAGCGGUUUCGCCAGGUUGGCCUUCCUUUUCUUUCUAAUAUGUCCUAACAGCAUUUAUUUAUUUUAAUUUAUUUUGAGCAGGAAGACACAACACUUUUUAAAGUGACGUGUUUUGCCAGUUUCGUUUCUUACGUUUCAUUUCUAUCUAAUUUCAAUAUUGUUAGGCCGAUGACAAUGGAGUGGCACCAGCUGUUUUCGGUCCCGCUAUUGACUCCGAUAGCUUUGAAUAUAAGUUUGGGGUAAGGAUGUAUCCCAAUGGAGUUGGUGACGGAAGAGGCAGGUAUGUUGCCAUCUUUGUCCACAUGAUGGAGGGUAAGCACGAUGACUUCUUAUCUUGGCCCUACGCUGGAAGAAUCACUUUGUCGGUUUUGGAUAGAAAUGGACAAAGGGACAACGACAUCAGCCACACUUUGCAAGCUAAACCAACGUUAGCUGCUUUUCAAAGGCCUCGAGAAGCCAUUUGCCCUAUUGGAUAUGGCCUCAUUUACUUCGCUAGGAUAGAACUGUUCUUCGGUCCUCAAUUUGUCAAAAACGAUGAACUGUUUUUGAAAAUUGAGUUUUCAUCCAAAUGA